GCUGUCCGCUUUCUCCAUCUUACCACCCCGACUGAUAACCCAGCUUCCAAGGCUUCGUCGUUAGACAGUAAAUGUCUUUCGAUUUGAAGAAGUACAGCGUGAGAGGAUUCGAUGGCCUCUAUUACGUUCCAGAUUUUGUGACGGAAGAAGAAGAAGCGCACCUCAUGAGAAAGAUAAAGGAAUCUCCACAGCAAAAGUGGAAGCAGCUAGCAAACCGUCGCUUACAGCUUCUUGGUGGAGAAAUAACGCCAAAGAAUGUUCUGGUGUCUCAACCGCUGCCAUCAUUUGUAAACACAUUCCCAGAUAUUAUCGCUCGACUUAAAGGUACUGGGGCAUUCAAGUCCUCUCCACACGGUGCACCAAACCAUAUUAUCUUAAACGAGUACCUACCGGGUCAAGGAAUCAUGCCUCAUGAAGACGGGCCUGCGUAUCACCCUAUCGUUGCAACGAUUUCUCUGGGUUCUCAUGCGGUCUUCCAUUAUUAUCGGUAUACUCCCGAAGAGAACGGUGAUGAAUCCAUGACUAACGGGCGUACAAUUGAUAAUACUCCGGCACUUUCUGUUCUGCUCGAGCCGCGAAGCGUUGUUAUAACGACAGAAGUAUUAUAUAAAGAGUACCUUCACGGCAUCGAGGAUAUUGCAACAGAUACUAUUAGAGCGGCUGACGCAACGCAAGGAUCGAAGUUUGCUGACACUAAUACACCCAUCCAGAACUUCCAUCUGCUGACGAGCGAGAAGGCAGUGAAGGCUGUCAGCGAAGGUGGAACGUUGAAGAGAGAUGUGAGGUACAGUUUGACCUGUCGCGACGUAGAAAGGGUUAGAAAAGGGUCUUUUCUAAGAACAUGACCUUUCAUCUGCACCGGUAAAUACAAAGCCUCUUGCGUCCUCGCCCGCGGUAUGAAAGCCGGCACUUACGCAGCUUAAUGAAUAACGAGA